AGAUUUCAAUAGAAGAUAAGGAUGCUCCUAUAAACUCAUCUAGAAUCCAAUAAAAGAGGGAAAACUUACAGCUAAAUCAGCUUAUCACUUGCUUAAAGCUGACGCUGAUUUACAUUAUGUGCUGGUCAAUCAUCUUCGGUUGCCCCUCAAUCUGCGUGGAAGAGUAUUUAUAGGGCACCUGUCUAACCAAAAAUUCAACAAUUCAUGUGGAAGGACUCAAGAAAUUCUAUGGCAACAAAUUUGCUAACCGGGUUCAAGCCCAAAGUCGGCCCAACCCAGUCCGCUAUGAGCCCAGUUGCACAGCUCGCGGCAGCACUUGGCAGGUGGCAACAAAGAAAAAAGGCACAACCCGAGGAGGCAAGAGCGAGACGGGCAACCAAACCAUUGAUUGAACGAGGGAAAAGGGUAAAAAGAAGCAGCCAUGUCGGAGCCGAGACGCUUGAGAGGUCACAAAGCCACCGCAACUUGCUGUACCGCCUCACGUCUCCGUCCUGGCAUCGUUGCCACCGCCGGCGAGGAUGGUUGCGUUUGCUGGUUUGAUAUGCGAUGCAAAGAAGCACAACUUGUUUUGGAGGUUGGCCAGGAACCUAUUUCUUCAUUGUGUUUCAUGCCAGGAAAUGAAGACAUUAUUUACAUUUCAUCAGGAAGCGAAGUCAAGUGUUUUGAUGUGAAUAUGGUAACCAUUAAGCGAUACAGGCUGUUGCAAAGUUACAAUUACAAUAAGGAGGAAAUAAAUCAGGUUGCUUGCAACUCAAAGUCAACAUUUCUUGCUUCUGCAGAUGAUAGUGGUGAUGUCAAGAUUAUUGACAUACAUCAGCAUUGCCUUUAUAAAACACUGAGAGCUGGUCAUACAAGCAUUUGUAGCAGUGUUCAGUUCAUUCCUUGGAGACCUUGGGGAGUGAUUACUGGAGGACUCGACUCAAAGCUUGUCAUGUGGGACUUUUCCAAAGGGCGCCCAAUCAAAAUUGUAGAUUUUGGUGUGCCUGAAAUGAAGGGAAGCAGCAUGGCACAGUGUUUCAAUCCUGCGUUUGUUCAUGCAAUAGCAGUUCCAGAUGCUGAUAUGUUAGACAAGUCAGGCAAUGUAUGCAUUGUUGGUAGGGGUGAUGGGGCCCUUGAUGUGAUCAACAUUGAAUCAGAGCUUGCUGCUACUAGGUCAAAAUGUACCACCAAAGCUCACAAAGGAUCUCAAUCAACGUCUAAAGGCAGUAUUACAACUCCAGGCACAGAAGGAAAGAGGUUGCAUUUGGAUUACACUUUGGGUGGCCAUGUUGCUGCUGUGUCCUGUGUGGCAUUCUCACUGUUUGGAGAGAGGGGGAAGUUUAUAAUUACAGGUGGAAAUGACAAGUCAGUGAAGGUAUGGGAAUGCUCCAGAUAUCUUGAUGUUGGGCAAAGUGUUAGCAAUGACAAUAUUCUGCAUCAUAACAUCAAUUUGAGCAAAAAGGUAAAUUGGCUAUGUACCACUCCGACUGAAUCAGAAAAUCUUGUUGUCUGUGAUACUACCAAAGUAGUAAAGGUCUAUUCUGUUUCAUAGAUUAGAAUUUCAAAAUAAUCAAUUCCCAUUAAGCCGGGAGGGCCAUUUCUGGUGCAGAAGAUCAUUUCCUGUACGCCCUUGUGUUGCGUCCCUUCUGAAGAGGGGGCUUGUUUCUCCAGAGGCAACUUUCAUAGUAUCACUUACUAAGGUAAAGAGGUUCCCAUUUCGGGGCACACCAGUGCGCACCCAAUGAGCGCUUGGAGUUUUAAACUAAUACAAGUUAGGAUUAAUUGGUAUCUAUUACGUAUCAUCUCACUGGUUGGAUAGUUUUAUUUGCUGCAAUACCUUUCUUGAAUGUAAAACCUCUCAUGUUGAUCAUGACAUGACAUGAGAAAGAGGGGGUAUGCA